CUAUGUUUACCGCGAGACGAGCCACAGUAUGAUUCCGACGACGCUAGUGUUUACUUCGCAUAUGUUCAUUAUAAACGACUCCCUGCUGUUAAGUAAGAAUGGCCGGCACUGGCAGCAGAAAAGAAGAUGCGAUUUCCAUACUAAAGAACGACGUGUACAAUACGAGAGUGAACACCUUGAACAUGAUGCGUAAAACCCUGGCCGAUCAAAGAAAGCAAGCGGACGAGCUUUUGAAAAAAAUGGACGCUUACACAGAGAGAUUCAUUAGGAGGCUACAGAAACAGGACAAAGCUUUGGCUAUCGUGACGCAGAAUAUCGAGCGACACCAACAGAAAUUGCUGGAAGUGACUAAGCAGUUAGAAGACCCCGCGCACCAAGGGGACGAUAAAAAGCUGCUAUUAAACGGACUUGUGGUGAAAUACACGAAAGAACUCGAUGAAAUGAAGCAUGGAGAAAUGAAGAUCGAGGAAAAAUUCAAGGCCGCACGCGAUUGGAUAAACGACAAAAUCAAAAGAAGUGGCCGGACCAUGGGAGAGUACAUGAGAUACAUUAAAAUAUUGGAGACACAGAUUAAGGAGAUGAAGGAAGUACUGAAGGAAGAGAUCGAAGACUUCUGACUUUUCUCAUUACAGCUAUACGUUCUCUCAACCACGACUUUUACCUCGUUUUUUCGCAAUCAAGAUCCAUAUUCAUCCACUGUCUAAUAGUUUUCGCAUUAAUAAACAGAGUUCACAACGAGA